GGCCAUUGGAUGUCACUAACCACGCCGAAACGGGAAAGAAAGCACGCUUAAGCUAAGGAAUACUCAAAGGAGUUGGUAACGGGUGAGAUUGACGUGACCACUGGAUACAGCUCCACCCCCUCCGUUUCUCAGCACUACUCAUUGGCUCUUCUCUGUUCCUGUGCUGAGGCCAUGAAAACGCUUUUCCUGCUCCCUGCCCUGCUGUUGCUGCUGCACACCACCUGGGGGUGCUACAGGACCUGGGACGAUGGCGACGAGCUGGCUGAGUUUGACGACGAUGACUUUGCAGAGUUUGAAGAUGCAGCCGAAGGCACGCUUGUGGAGGCAGAGCCCGGCCGUACUCCGGAGCUCAGGGAGGAGCCUGCCCUGGGGCUGGUGGAGGAGCCUAGCAUGGACCUGGAGGUGCCGGAGGAGGAGCAGGAAGAGUUUGACAACAUGGAAAUAGAAGAUGAAGAUAUGUACAGCAAAUACGAUGCUGAGGAGUUUGAGGGCUUUGAGUAUUCCUCAUUCAAAGACCCUCUCAACGUUGUGACGGUGUCCUCCCUCCUGCAGCACCACUGGGAGAAUUACUACAUAGAGAUAAUGUUGGUAACGGGGCUGCUUGCUUACAUCGUCACUUACCUCAUCGGCAAGAAGAAAAACAACCGGCUGGCACAGGCCUGGCUGAGCUCACACCGGGAGCUUCUGGAGAAAAACUUUGCCCUUGUAGGUGACGAUGGCUCCGGCGCAGAGGCCCUGGGCACUGGGAAGCUGCUCCGGGACAACGAGCACAUCUACAGCCUGUGGUGCUCAGGCCGCCUGUGCUGCGAGGGCAUGCUCGUCCAGAUCAGGCUGCUGAGGAGGCAGGACCUACUUAGUGUUCUGGCCUGGAAGAUGAGGCCAGCCUGCGACCAAGUGCAUGUGCAGGCCACCCUGAACGACGAGGAUAUGGACAUGUUUGUAUUUGCGGUGGGAAACAGGAAGGUCAUGGCUCGGAUGCAGAAGGAGAUGCAGGAUCUGAGUGAACUUUGCUGUGAAAAGCCUAAGUCUGGGGCUAAGUACGGCCUUCCUGAGUCCCUGGCUAUCUUGUCAGAGAUGGGGGAGGUGACGGAGGGACUACUGGAUAGCAAGAUUGUCCAUUACCUCAUCAAUCAUGCUGACAAGAUCGAGUCCAUCCAUUUCUCAGACCAGUUCUCUGGCCCGAAGCUUAUACAAGAGGAUGGUCAGCCCUUAAAACUCCCAGAGACCAAGAAAACACUUCUGUUUACAUUUAAUGUGCCUGGGAUGGGCAGCACAUCUCCCAAAGACAUGGAUGCCUUGCUUCCACUCAUGGACAUGGUUCUUUACAGCAUUGACAAGAUCAGGAAGUUUCGCCUCAACAAAGAGGGGAGGCAGAAAGCGGAGAGGAACCGCAUGCGCGUGGAGCAGAACUUCCUGAAGCAGACGCACGCACAGCGGCAGGAGGCGGCGCAGACGCGGCGUGAAGAGAAGAGGAGGGUCCAGCAGGAGAAGAUAAUGAAGGAAGAGGACCCUGAGAGACAGCGCCGCCUGGAGGAUGCUGUCCACCGUAGAGAACAGAAGAAGCUGGGGAAGAAGCAGAUGAAACAUAUCAAAGUCAAAGCCAUUUGAACACAAACAAACUGAGGAUGGACCCUACAGUGUGAGGAGCCCUCGGCUCAAACUAGCCUCUGCUGCUCUGUCCGCCCCCAUAUGCUGCCGCCACCCUCUCGUCCUCAUCAGGCUUCUUUCUGUACAGAUAUCUGGUCCAAUCAUGCUGCAUCCUCUUGUUGGGCUCAACUUCUAGCCCUGAAGAAAAGGAAUAUUUCAAAUUUAAUUGUAAAACACUGUGUAGUGGAUGUCACUGCUAUGGGGUGAGUCUUAUCAGGGAAACAUUAUCAGGGAUUUCAUUUUUUGUCUUGGCCUAUCCAGGGUGCCUGCCUCCCGCUCAAUGCAUGCUGAUAGGCUCCAGCACCCUACGCAACCCUGACAAGGAAUAAGCGGGUUAUUUAAUGGAUGGAUGGAUGGAUGGAUGAAUGG